AUGGCGGAGCUAGUAAUAUGUGCGGAGAAUUCAAUGAUUUUAAGCAUUACUCCUUGCACUUUACAACAUGUAGGAGAUACAAGGUGGAGUUCUUGUUCCGUUCUUAAGAACAUCAUAAGCGAUGGAAAUUUGACUAAGAGAAGCAAUGUAGAUAGCGUUUAUGAUGUGAUGACAUCUUUUGAGUUUGUAUUCAUCUUGCAUCUCAUGAUAGAUAUUUUAAGCACCACUGGUGAUCUUAGUCAAGCUUUGCAACGUGGCAAAGGGAGGUCUCGUCUUCAACGAGAUUCCAUUUCAGUUGGGCAUUGCUACUGUGUUAAUAUACUUAUCUUUGCUAUUGAUUCUCAAAUCCAUAAGAUGAACAUUAGAUUCAAUGAUGACAUGGUAGAGUUACUUACGCUUAGUUCUACUUUAGAUAUAAUUGAUGGUUAUAAAUCAUUUUUGAAUUGA